AUGGAACACUUGAUAUCUCUUUAUGAUUAUUCAGUUUCGGGAAAUUGUUACAAGGUCAGAUUAUUACUUUCGUUAUUGAGGAUACCAUAUAAUCGUAUAGAGGUCAAUAUUAAAAAAGACCAAUCUAAAUCUGAUUCAUUUCUAAAUGACGUAACACCAACUGGUAGAAUUCCAUUACUUGCAAUACCAAAAGAUUAUAUUCAUCCGCUAACAAAACUGUCAUUUUCACCCACCACAACAUCCAUAAACUCCAGCUCUAGUUCUAAUGAAGACGAAACAAAAGAAAAAGACGAAAAGGAUUUUAUUUAUUUGACAGAAUCAAAUGCAAUAUUAAAUUUGUUUGCAGAUGGUACACCAUUACUACCAUCCACACCAAUAGAGAGAGCCAAAACAUUACAAUGGUUAUUCUGGGAGCAAAAUUCACAUGAACCAAAUAUUUCAGUUUCCAGAUGGUGGAUAACAUAUCUUGACAAAGGCGAAGAUCCCGAGUAUCUGAAUCAGAUAGUAUUGAAAAACAAACAAGGAUAUGAAGCGUUGAAUAUUAUGGAGGAACAUUUGGUGAGCAAUGAAUUUUUUGUGGGAAAUAAGUUUAGUAUUGCUGAUAUUGCAUUGUAUGCAUAUACACAUGUUGCUGAAGAAGAAGAGUAG